UCUCCAUCAUCGCCAUCACCUUCCUGCAGUAUCCAGUGUCCCUUGGACAGACUACACCGCUGUCACCGUUGCCACCUCUGCCGUCCCCAACGCCACCUCCUCAGGGCCAGCAAGAUGCAGUUUGAGAUGCACGACAACGUGAAAGGAAAAGCCAUGUCUUAUCCAGUGACCAGUCAGCCCCAGUGUGCCAGCAGCUGCUACCAGACCCAGCUCAGUGAUUGGCACACCGGUCUCACGGACUGCUGCAACGACAUGCCCGUCUGCCUGUGCGGCACCUUCGCCCCUCUGUGCCUCGCCUGCCGCAUCUCCGACGACUUCGGCGAGUGCUGCUGCGCGCCCUACCUGCCUGGAGGCCUGCACUCCCUGCGCACCGGCAUGCGUGAGCGCUACCGCAUCCAGGGUUCUGUCGGGCACGACUGGGCGGCCCUCACCUUUUGUUUGCCCUGCGCCCUCUGUCAGAUGGCGCGAGAACUGAAGAUCCGAGAGUAAAGAAGUGUCCCCGACCCUCCUCUCCCACCUGUCUUGCCUGCCCUCCUCUGUCCCCCCCUGGGAGGGCCUGCCCCUCCACCCCAUCCUGCCACAAGAAAUACACCCACAAUAAAAACCUGAAAACCAA